AUGGAUUCGCUAGCCCUCGCUGCAAUCAAUCCGCACUGCGACUACGUUGACCUCACUGGCGACUCAGUUGACGGCUCAGUCUGCGACGUCGAAAUUCUUCCGCCAGGUGAGCCUGUAAUCAAGCAAGAAGUACGUGAGGGAGUUAUCAACAUCCCCGAUAUCGGGUCAACCAUGGCUGAGGCCGAUGUCGAGCGACCUGAUGCAGGCCUUCUCGAGCACCAGCAGAGGCCGAGCGACAAUACAGCUGCGGAGUCUUGUGAUGCGAUUGACAGUGCAGCAAUACAGCCAGGUAAUCAGCUGGCCAGACCAAAGUCCGUCCAGAUCAGCGAUGGGAAAACGAGCUCUCCGACAUCUCGCGGCUAUUCCCCAGAUGAGACAGUCGAUAUUGCCACCCCUGAGAAAAGCCUCAGAACUAACAGUUCUACGCUUGAUCAGCUUGCUCAUGACUCCAUGGAAUUUACAUCCAUACAACCCGACACCACUGCUCAACUCAACAACCCGGGACAAGGAGAUGGCGUCCACAUUAAUAAGCCGCAUCUCAACAGCAACGUUACUGACUCCCACGGGGACAUGGAGUUCGAACCAUUACCAAUCUUUGACCCGUCUCCUAGUGCGGAAAUAGACAUGAGCGGUUUCGAUGCUCUCAUACAAUACAACCAGAACAAGGCGGACCUUGCCAAGGAUAGCGAGAUUCUGGCGGCCAUGACUCUAGACUAUACUACCGGAGCCUAUAUCGACAUUGCCUCCCCUCAGAACCCCACCGAUUCGAUCGCGGGAGAGCAUGCAGAGCCAUUAGGCGAUCUGAUCGACGAUAACGGGGAUAUUUUUGACUGGAACACUACACUACACAAAGAUACGGUAGCGGCUAACCAAUCAGCCGCCACCGCCUUCGAGAAGCGUAAGAGGGAGUACGAGACGAAGAAGGCUGAAGGGACAAAUACUCAAGAAGAUGAUAUUCGAUUCAAUACAGAGGAGAUUGCAGAACACCGUCGCCUCCGCGACAUCGAGAGGAGCCAGAUAGUGGUGGAGGAUAGCCUACCACCCAACUAUCAGGAGGAAGACUCUCUCUUUGUUCCCGAAGACCCUCAACCACUAGAACCACCGCAAAAGAAGAGAGCCGCGCCUAAGACACGAAAUCGUCUUUCCAAGAAAGACAUGGACGAUGCCAUAUCCGCUGGCAUCCAUGCUGGCUUUGGGAAGGGUCGUAAGCCUAAGAGAAAGGCAAGAGCAUCAAGUGAAGAUCGUCAGCCGCGGAAGAGAAACCCAAGGAACAAGGCCAGUGGUAUUAAGCCGCCGGCUCGAAAGCAGGGCCGGCAACGGCGACCGAACCUAUCCAACAUCGCAAGUUUAGGUCAAACCAACAUUAUAAAGGCUGCCCAGGCGAAUGCCUUCUUACCCGACAUGCCCACCUUUACAGCUACCAACAAGGUAAAGGCGCUUCAAGAACUUAUCGCGAGUUUACCAUCAGCUGAGCGAGGUCUUGCCACGAAUGAUCGAGCGGCCAUCAUAGAAGCUACGGUAAAAUUCAGAGGUAGGGGUGCGGUUAGAUCCGAUGGCCAAGGGGGUUGGGUACUCAAAGGCAUGGUAUCCUCCCUAUACCAUCACCAGCUGCUUGGUGCUGCCUUCUUACGAGAACGAGAGAAUGGCGAGUCGAAGCCUAAAGGGGGUAUGGUGUGUGACGAGAUGGGUUUCGGAAAGACAAUCCAGAUGAUCGCCAAUAUGAUCGACGGUAGAGCCGAGCCUGGAAGUGCCAUCAAGACGACAUUGAUCAUCGCUCCGCCUACUUUACUCAACCAAUGGAUGCAGGAGAUGGACACGCAUGUGGAGGGCAAUAGCCUUGGUCGAAUCCUACGUUAUCACUCAGGCUCUCGUUUACAGAGCAACAACGUCGUGGCCGACCUGAUGGAAUACGAUGUCAUUCUGACGACUUAUGGUGAGGUCCAGAAGAGCUAUCCCCUGUGCAAACCACCUAAGCACCUAGCCUCGGAAGAGAAGAAGAACGAGUGGUGGAGGAAGUACUAUCACGACAAUGUUGGUCCGCUUCACCGUAUCAAGUUCCAUCGCAUCGUACUUGACGAAGCUCAUCACAUCAAGAACCAUGCCUCCAAGACGUCGAUCGCGGUCCGCGCUCUCACUGGCAACUUUAAGUGGUGUAUCACGGGGACUCCGAUUCUCAACUUUAUUGAGGAGCUCUAUCCCUACUUCGCCUUUCUCAAGGUCCCACACACUGGGACCUACCAGACCUUUUGCCACAACUACGCUAAUAACCGCACAAGUAGCCGAGAGCCGGUCCAGAUGGGCAGAAUCCAAAAUAUCCUGCGGGCUAUCAUGCUGAGAAGGACCCACGUGAACACUCUCUUCGGUGCCCCCAUUGUUAAACUGCCAGAGAUCACGCACAAAACGGUUCUAGUCGAGUUCAAUCCAGUGGAGCGGAAGAUCUACAACAUGGUGAAAUCGAGGUACAUCCAGCAAAUUAACGCCUACUCGACGUCUGGGUCCUUGGUCCCCAACUAUGGCAACAUUCUGAGCAUGUUGCUUCGCUUGCGGAUGCUCUGUUCCCAUAUCCUACUUAUCCAAGAUGUGCUUAAAGAUAUGUUCACGGCUGCGGACGUUGAAACCCUCUGGCGCCUCACAGCCAGCGAGGUUCAAGCUAGUGACGACUCCGGCGAGCGGAACAUGAUCAAAACGCUCCGAAAAAUGCUUGCGAAAGACGAGAACACUCUCCAGACAUCGCAGUCUCAGGUCCUUACACUUACUCCAGCGACAACGCCGGAGAUCCAGGACGAGAAUGAUAUGGCGACCGGGUCCAGCUACGGUCUUUUUUUCAAGUUCCGCAAAUUCCUCCGCAAGUUGUCCGACUCGGACACUUGGGCCGAGUUGCACCUUCGCUCAACGUGCGCAAAGUGCCGUUCCCCUCCUGAUAACCCCGUCUGCACGUCAUGCUUCCACGUCUACUGCCAAGAAUGCAUGAUGGCGCUGCACGAAGAGCGCAAACUGCGAGGGGAGGAAAAGACGGCCUGCCUCGAAUGCCAAAGCUACUUUGAGGAAACAACUGCCUGCAGCGGUCUUGCCGAACUGGGCUUCGGCAGCGCCGCGGUGCUGCCAAGGGUAAUGAAGAAGAAAAGAAAGAUGGCCAAGCAGUUAAAACGGGCCGAGAAUGCCGCCAUCGGAAGAAACGCCCGUGCUCGUCGCAGUAGCACUAUCGACGACGCUGCUGAAGAUGAAGACGAAGAGUAUCAAGACUGGAUUGAAGAAGGUGGCGGGUCGCUUCCUUCCGCAAAACUAGCCGCCACCAAGGCUGCCAUUCUCAAUUGGCGCGAGACACACCCCGGGCAGAAGAUCAUCGUGUACACCCAAUUCCUGGACCUCGGCCGUCUGUUCAGUCAAGUAUGCGUCGCUGAAGGGUGGGGCCACGUCAAGUUCAACGGCAAAAUGAGCAUCGAGGCGCGCGAAAAGGCGAUUAGGAAUUUCGAGCAUAACCCCGACGUCUUCAUCAUGAUUUGCUCUCUCAAGGCCGGCGGCGUCGGGCUCAACCUCACAAUGGCUUCCAAGGUCAUUAUUCUGGACUUGUGGUUCAACUCGGCGAUCGAAGCCCAGGCGUACUGCCGCGCCUUCCGCCUUGGCCAGGAUCAAGUCGUCGACGUCCUCCGCUUCGUGGUCAAGGACAGUAUUGACCAGGACUUGAUCAAGAUGCAGGAUCGCAAGGACGUCGAGGUGCAGAGCGUCAUCGGCCCGGAAAUUCUCGGCAAGAGAGCGACAAUCCAGCAGUUGCUCGGCCUGUUCGGCGAACUGAAAGAGGACGGUCAGAACGAGUUCAUCCUCGUGGAGGAAGACGGCGAGGACGGCGAAGACGAUCAGAACGAGAACCCCGCGACGAGGUUGCCCCCACGCCCGUUCUAA